UCAACGGCUGGGCACGCAUGCGCAGAAAAUGCGACAGUAUGGCGACUACCAGUGAAAACUUCGGGUCUAAGGAAAGCAGUUUGAGGAAAAGAUACAGAGGCGAAACUCCUAGUUUAGUUAAACAGUCAGACAACAGCAGUAGUGAAACAGUUCAACAAAAUGAGAAAUAUGAUCAGAAAGAAAAGGUCCGGUUGCGAACAGGGACUUAUUGGCUCACUAGGAUUGUGCUACUGCGGUCUAUUGCCUUCAUGUAUUUCGUUGCCUUUACUGUGGCUUACAACCAGAACAAACAGCUGAUUGGGGAGAAGGGCCUCACACCUUGCAAAGAUUACCUGCGUAGUGUUAAACGCUAUGUAGGUGGUAAGAUCAGCAUGGCUGCGCUCACAUACGCUCCCACUAUUUUAUGGUUCUUGGACUGGGAAGACAUGAAUGCCAACCUUGAUGGCAUAGCCCUGGCAGGAUUGGCACUUUCUGGCUUUGUGCUCUUAUUAGGGAAGGCCAACAUGAUCAUCAUGGCAGUGCUGUGGAUCCUAUAUCACUCUAUAGUGAACGUUGGACAGCUGUGGUAUUCCUUUGGUUGGGAGAGCCAGCUACUUGAGACAGGAUUCCUCUGUAUUUUUCUGUGUCCUUUAUGGAGUCUUGCACAGACUCCCCGCCACUCCCCACCUUCUUUGAUCUCCAUCUGGUCUUUCCGCUGGCUCAUAGUGCGAAUCAUGCUUGGGGCAGGUUUGAUCAAGAUCAGAGGAGAUCGUUGUUGGAGGGACCUGACCUGCAUGGACUAUCACUAUGAGACGCAGCCUGUUCCUAACCCCAUCUCAUACUUUUUGCACCACUCCCCUUGGUGGUUCCAUCGUUUCGAGACCAUAAGUAAUCACUUUAUUGAGCUCGUUGUGCCUUUCUUUACUUUCAUGGGCCGACGCAUGUGCAUGGUAAAUGGAGUCCUGCAAAUCCUCUUUCAGGUGGUUCUUAUAAUCAGUGGGAAUCUUAGUUUCCUGAACUGGCUAACUAUAGUACCAAGUUUAGCUUGUUUUGAUGAUGCAGCAUUAGCAUUUCUGUGGCCCAUUCGACGAACUAAUCAGACCUUACUGAAGCUGCAGAAUGAGGAGGCAGCAGGACAAACAGCUACUAAAGGCAUGCUCAUUAGGCGUGUGGUUAAUGUGGCUUUUGGAAUUUUAAUCACAUAUCUGAGUGUUCCUGUGGUGAUCAACCUCCUAAGCCCUAGACAGGUGAUGAAUACCUCUUUUGACCCUCUUCGCAUUGUCAACACUUACGGGGCUUUUGGCAGCAUUACUAAGGAGAGAACAGAGGUGGUGUUCCAGGGCACGCUUAAUGCCUCACACUCUGAUGAUGGUGUUGUAUGGGAGGAGUAUGAGUUCCUCUGCAAACCUGGAGCUCUACAUAGAAGACCUUGCCUCAUUUCCCCUUAUCACUACAGACUAGACUGGCUGAUGUGGUUUGCUGCUUUCCAAACAUAUGAGCAGAAUGAAUGGAUCAUUCAGAUAGCAGGCAGACUUCUAGCAGAUGACUCCACUGUGCUCUCCUUAAUGGACCACAAUCCAUUUCAGGGAAAAGACAAACCUCGGUGGAUACGAGGAGAACACUUCAGAUAUAAGUUUACCAAACCUGGCAGUGCUUCUGCAGCCAAGGGGAAAUGGUGGGUCAGAAAGCGCAUUGGGCCUUACUUUCCCCCAGUCAAUUUGGAAGGUCUCAGAAAGUACUUUCAGUCGAGAAAUUGGCCACAACCAGAUUCCUACUGAAGAGUUCACACUGACGUCAGUGAAAAAAAAAUCAGGCAACUGUGUUGGCACAUGUGUUAGAAGGACUCUAAUGCAGGUUUAAGUUCAAAUGAUAUAUGUAACAGAAAUUUAUUUUUUCAAAAUAAUUAAACAAAUGAAUGAUUAUACCAUGAUUGCAUAUUCUGGUAACUUCAUGUAUGAUUUCUUCACAAUACCUUAAUCACUUUUUUGUGAACUGUUCCCUGUAUCUUUGUUUUUGACAUACUUGUGCAGAAAAUGAUCAAAUUUGUUGUCAAAUUGUAAUGAUGCAUUACAGUGUGAAUUCUAUAGUUGCAGUUAUGUUUCAUUCUUGUGAUCAGAGCUGUCCCGAGUAUGUGCCUUAGACUUGCCAAGUGUGCUAUUCCCAGUUUCACAUGCUAAUUCCCCAGUUCAGUGUUUCUUCCAGAUGUCACAUAAACUAGAGCAGAAAUUACUUAAAAAUUUGCCAUGUUGUUUUAUGAUGUGCCAUAUGUAACGUUGCACCUUCUAAAUUUGACGUUUUUACUAGAAGCAUGAUUCCAGUAAUGGACAGUAGAGAUUAGAAGUACUAACAACUGCCGAAUUUUAUUUAUUUUUUUUACCUGUAUAAAUCUAGCAAACAUCAGUCUUUGUUGGUUGAGAGUAAAUGUUGUUGUCUUUGACAAGACAAUCCUGAUAAAUUUGUUGCCAAAAUUCUGAAAUACCUGGACACUCCCAAUGGCUGGCGGUGAUUGGUAGAUGGGAGGGUUAAAACCAGUGGGUUAACCUGAUCUCCUGAGGUCUCAUUGGUGGUGAUGAUAAUAUUCAUUAUUAUCAUUGGCUCUGGAUAAGGGCAUCUGUUAAAUGCUGUAAAUGUAAAUAAUACUGGGCCAAAUUAAUACACCUACACACACAUAUAGGCAGAUAGGUACCUGCAGUAGUGAUUGCUGCACUACUGCUGCCCAUCACCCCCGUGUUUCCUGUCCAUAAUGCUUGACUGUCUCCAUGCCAUGUUUCAUCUGCAUAAGAAAACAUAAUAAACAGAAGUAGUAUCCCAUUUGUUCAGACAAACAAUAAAAAUUAAACUUAC